GAGGAUGGAAUUGAGAUGUAACUGCACCACUGCAGGUCCCUGGGUGAAGUAACUGGUUUGCCCUCAACUACUAGGCUAAAGAUUGGUGGUUAUGACCCGCCCAGCAGUGCCACAGAAGAAAGGCCUGGUGAUCUGUUGGAAUGGACUCAACAGCAAUGGGUUCUGUUCUGGUUUGGAACUGCACCGUGUGGCCCCAGGCGCCUGCAUGUGGCCAGGCUGAACGUGGCCUUGUCCCCACCCUUGCUGCCCUGUCCUUGCUGCGCUGUGGGGGAGAUUCGUGAGUCCUUAGGGAAGAGAAGAAGACAGGAUCAAUGGUUUCCAAAGCUGCACCGUGAAUCCCACAUGCUUUCUGACACGCUCAGUUUCUGCUGCCACAGCCCCCUAAAAGCAAACCUGGGGUCGUCUCUCCCACCUGCCAUCUGGUGCUGAUGGGGCUGCCUUUCCUAGGUUCCAGGUCAGAAGCAUCCUUGUCAAGAAAUGUUUUCCAAGUCGGACAGGACGGUGUCUUUAGGAGUCACUCAGGAAUCACCUGACAUCAAGACCGAGCCCGAAGAGCCGCACGCUGCGGGGGCGUCACAGGGGGAAGGGGCUCUGAGUUCACGGAGGUGGGCGCCCCUGAGCCAUAGCUCCAAGAAGAACGCUCUUGUCCUGCCUGGUGGAGCCCGCCCCUCUCCGCAGGUCCCAGCUCUUUCCCGGGAGGGGAAAACCAGAGACUGGCAAAUGGCUGCAGCGCUCCUCACUGCCUGGUCCCAGAUGCCGGUGACCUUUGAGGAUGUGGCUUUGUACCUCUCCCGGGAGGAGUGGGGCCGCCUGGACCACGCGCAGCAGAACUUCUACAGAGGCACCCACACGGGCGCCAAGCCCCACAAGUGUCCCGUCUGCAGCAAGUGCUUCACGCAUAGCUCGGCCCUGGUCAGUCACCAGCGCACCCACACCGGGGUCAAGCCCUACCCGUGCCCCGAGUGCGGCAAAUGCUUCAGCCAGCGCUCCAACCUCAUCGCCCACAACCGCACCCACACCGGCGAGAAGCCCUACCACUGCCUUGAGUGCGGCAAGAGCUUCAGCCACAGCUCGCGCCUCAGCGCCCACCAGCGCACCCACCGCGGCGUCCGGCCUUACUCCUGUCCCCUGUGUGGCAAGAGCUACAGCCACAGCUCCAACCUCAUCGCCCACAAACGCACCCACACCGGCGAGAAACCCUACCACUGCCUAGAAUGUGGCAAGAGCUUCAGCCACAGCACGCGCCUCGCCGCCCACCAGCGCACCCACCGCGGCAUCCGGCCCCACACCUGUCCCCUGUGCGGCAAGAGCUUCAGCCGCCGCGCCAACCUGCACCGGCACGAGAAGAUCCACAGCACGGGGCCCAAGGCCGUGGCCACGCUGGUGCAGGGGGCAGCCGGGGAUUCCCGGGUAGCGCCUUCACUGGUACCCACCUAGGAGACUGGAGAGGGCCGCCCUGGAGGGAGGAGGGAGGAGGGAGGGCUUGGGAAGGGGGUCAGGAGGCAGCAGGCGUGGGGUGGGGCAUGGCCACGGGGGGGGACCUGGGGCCAGCGGAGCUACACUAGCUUCAGAUUAAAGGCCUUGGAAUUGAGGCGAUGGCCCAGAACUCUGUCUCAGGGGUCCUGCGGUGUGCCACUGAGCAUGGCUGGCCACGAGUCCCUACUCAGGCACCCCUCGGUCAUCACCUUCAGGGUGGUACCCUCCUCUCUAGCUGCCAGGCUCCGAGGACUAAGUCUUGUGGGUGGUCAUUUUCCAUCUGCGUUCACAGGGGCCGGGCCACAAUGCAGUGAGGAGUCCCCACUUCUCAGAGCUGCUGUCCCUCGUGGUCCAUCCUGGGCCACUGCCAGCUUCC